AUGGUCUUCGUCACCACACAGCUUUGCCUCCCUGAGAGGUACUGGAGAGUCUAAGAGGUGCUUCAACUCGCAGGGCAUUUCCAGGGAAGGAAGAAUCAGCGCUACAGACUGGUGGUCGGAGCUGUCACCAGAACUUUUGUGAAAUGUAAAAAAGUGUGAAGACUGAAGAGGAGAAUGAGGACACUCUGGAUUAAUAGAAUUAUGCCUGCUUCCCAGGAAUACAGCCUGCAGUACCCAGCUUUCAUUGUCAAUUUAAUUAAGUGCCAGGUGGAGGUCAACAGGAAAGUACUUGAAGGUCUAGCCAUCUAUGAACCAAAGACUUUUAAAUCUUUGACUGCUUUGGCCAUCAGAAGGCAACAGGAAGGAUUUGCUGCUGCCUUUGGCACCAGGAAUGAGCCUGAAGGUCUAUUUUCCAGAGUGGUGCAGUAUCACUGA